CAGGGAAGGGCUGAGAGUACAAAGUCCUGCACCAGACUACAAUCUAUCAGAGCAACUUUUAGUUCACUCCAGCCUCUUUCUUUGGGUUGUCUUUGAUGGUUGACAUUUUUUCUGUUCCAUCUGCGUAAGGAUUUUUUUGUUUUUAUAUUGUAAAACUGCAUCCAAGCUUCCUGGCGUGCUGUGCCCUACCCCUUAAAAGUGGGCUUCCUUUUGAAUGAAUGCACCUCCUGCCACUUCCAGACUCAUAAUCUCUGACUCAUAAUCCAUUGUACAGCUGGGAAGUCUCAGACUCUGUCUGUCAGUCUGUUAUUCUCUCUCUCCCUAUCUCUCUCAGGUGCCAUGAGGCUGCAACACUGUCUCUCCUGGAGCCUCUCUUUGCUACCGCUGCUCUUGUUGUCUUGUGGGUACCAGUGCGUGUCGGUCCACUUCCAGACCCCGCAGCCGGUCAAUGUACUCCCAGCCGGACGUCUAGUUCUCCAGGUCCAGAUCGAUCGCGGUCCCAAAGAAAAGAUCUCCAUGAUAACCUGGGAACGGGAGCCAGAGAACGCAAAGACUCCAGGGAAUCCUGGGAAGGUGACGUUGAUUACGUUCCCCGGUCAAGGAAAACGCUUGGACGGGCGUCUGAGUUUGGAGGAGCAGGGGUCAAUACUGAAGCUGGAGGGCUUUGGCGUGGCGGACAGCGGGGUGUACAUUGUGACCGUCACUGACCAGGCUGGCAUCAAGACCGCUGGACAGUGUACCGUCAAGGAGUACGAGGCUGUGCACCACCCCUCAGUGAGAGUGAACGUGUCCCACUCCUCCCUGUUCUGUGUGGAGACCUGGGGGACAGACCUUAAAUUCAGCUGGCUCCACGAGCGGGCAGCCAUCACCGAUGCUGUGGGACACGUGUCGCCUGAUGGGAAGACCCUGUUCGUCUCCUCCGCCCCCAUCUGCGGUCACUUCACCUGCAUGGUGAGCAACAAGCUGGGCCACAGCUCUGCCACCUACACAGCAGAGCCGUGUGAGAGAGAGGGCAAGAGGACCACGGUGGCGGUGGUCUCGCUCGUCAUCCUGCUGGUCUGUGGAGCAGCGCUCGCUUUUCUACUGUGGAGAGUUUCUGUUGGUUUCUGUUUAGGAGACACAGGCGAUACAGUAACAGAGGCGAGAGGCUUCAGGAGGAUUUUGAGGACAACUUGUAACGGUGAACCAUUGAUUACAGUACCCAAGUACUUUCGCUACACUCCCCUACUCAAAGAUGGACUCAUAAAAGGACAGUAAGUGUACAAAACGCUUUGGGAGGAGCUUCCUUCCCUGUGAGCAGCAUGACCUUUCAAUGCAUUGGAACAAUGUGGAGAGUGAACUGCUUGUUGGCCAAUUGACGAGUUCUAAAAAUGGAAAGAGCAACUUUUGCCCAGUGUGUUGCCUGUUUUUGUCGUAGCUAUCAUUUUUACACCACCUCUCAUUGUACUGAACUACACAUGCUAUUGUUUUUAUAUAACGCUCUAAAAUAAUUUGUUUGAAAUUAAAAACAAUUCCUUGUUUUGUAACUUUUGUAUAUUAUAAACGUAUUGUAUAUUUAGCUGUGUAUUCUUUGUAAUAAAAAGCAAAUUUUAAA